AUGAAAUUCUUCGCCGUUGCCGCCCUCGCCCUUGCGUCCGUUGCUGUCGCUGCCCCUGCGCCUGAAGGGCAGACUACGUCCAUCAAGCUGAGCAAAGACUACGUCGACGCCAUCAUCGCCGCAUACCCCGACGUUCACAAGCGGGACUGCAGCUUUGACUUCAGCUGCGGCUGCAUCUUCUGCACUUGA